CACCUCCCUCCCGGCUCGGCCAAUCCGUUCAACAUGGAUCCCUGCCUGGUCCUGACCUCAUAGUCCUCUUUAAGUCUCCCAAGAUAUCUCUCGGAAGUACUUGUAUUCCCGGGUUCCUUCCUGACUUCCAUUCAUGGCCCGACAACCAUUCUACCAUACCGACGACGAGGUCGGCUUUGAUUCGCAAACAAAGCGAGACGCUGUGUCAAUACCCCAUACUAUCCCAAGCGACUGCCAACAAGAGCUUCUCGACCGAAACCUGGGCUGUCUGAAUACCGGGGCAGAGCUUGAGGUAAAGGGUCGAGGCCCAACGAGGCGGCGAAUCCAGGUUGCAUGCGUGAGAUGCCGCAAAAGGAAGAUCAAGUGUAGUGGCGAUGUUGGCGACGGCCUCGGUUGCUCCAAUUGUCGGAGUGCGGGAAGCACACCCUGCCAGUUCUUGAGGGUCAACUCUUCAAUUUUCUCCAUAGUGCCACCGAAAGCACACUCUGCAGGGUCUGGAUGGCCCUAUCCACCGAAUGAUAUAGUCUCUCAGAGAUCCGGAAUAUACGCCCCUUCCGUGGCUUGCAAGUUGGAACUCUUAUCUGCAAAGUCUCCCAGCUAUCGAGGUUCUCCAUUUUUGCGAAUACCAGACCAUGAAGUGGCUUCUGACUCUCCAAAUCCCUAUGGCCGCCAACCCUAUGCCAUUGACUCCACAACGAACUACGAGGACGAGUCCGCGACCCCGUACAAUAUCCCGCCGUCAUCCGCGUACAUGCUACCAAGCUCACCCCAGGUGCUCAUGACUGAUUAUUGUGCAUCGGGAUGGGGUUCCAGAAACUGGGGGCCAAGUCUUCAGGGUGGGAGAGCACCCGGUGACACGAUGUUGUCUGAAGCUGAGUCGGACAACACUCUCAAUCCAGCUUACUCUUACGUGAUGCCUGGGCAGGCUGGGCAGGCAAACGAAGCUCUCAGUAUGACGACUACCCCAGUUUCGCUGACUUCUCCCACCCAGGGAACAGAGCGGACACUGCCCAACCCUGCCAGUCGACACACUCUCCCCGGAAACAACAAUGGACCUACCACAACUGCUGAGGAUAUCCCUACCCGCGACUACAGGUUAGGUUGGAGAACUAAAGCAACUUCUAAUAUAUCUCUUGGCACUGCCACGGGGAAGCGGGUCAGGUUGGUUCCAUCCUGUGCGCAGGACACGUCCUUCGGACUCCUACCAGGAGAGUCAAGCAAUGGAUCCUCCCCCUCGACACAGUCCUCUGGCGCUUUUGCAAGCUCGGAAGCAGCGGGAUCCGUCGCUGAUCCAGGCGACGAAUACCGUGGAGCAAUGGACAGUCGACUAAGAGGUUUCUCGCCAAGACACAACAAGCGGGCCAUGUCCCCUUUCCACUCCAAGGCAGAUUAUUACAGUCAUACCAGGCCAGCGUACAGAACCCGCUUGGCAGGCGACACGAGCUCCGAGAGCACCUUGAUUACCGGAUUGCCGUAUGAGCGGCCGAAGCAUCCGAUGCCUAUUCCAACGCUCACUUCCGAUGAAUUCUCAGAUUACAAGAUUGCGCCUGGGCACUUCUCGACACCGGUUCCUGCUCUCGGUCAUUCCAGUGGCUUCUGACCGUCAAUGUGAUAGCGCUAUGCUGCGCAUCGAGAUUGACUAUUGACGCAGUGGCGAACAUUCGGAUACGCUGAAGAAGUACGCAUGGCGACGACAGGUGAUUCGCGAGCGCGAAGAUGCGUAAGUCCUCGGGGGUUGUGGAAAACAGCAAAACGCCAGGUCACAAUUCAUGCGGCCUGUCAACCUCCGGCUAUCACGUUUCUUUUUUCUUUUCUUUCUUCUUCUCCAUUAUUCCUAAUCUUCCGUUUUCCUCAGUCCAUUUCUCUCUUCACCCUCGACUUUUCCACCACGAUACACUCGGUCGAUUACACGGCCAGAACCUGCUUUGUCCUGUUUGGGAAAGGAAUCAAACGCACUGCUAAUCCAGUCCUUUAUUCGUGUUUUGUCAGACCGCUUCCUAACCUUCAGCUGAUCAACUGUGGGUGGUUUGCAUUGGCACUUCUUGUUUGCGUCCAUGUCACCUUAAGAUAACUAAUGACGGUGGCGUGUUGGCCGGGUUCUGAUCUUAAUUUGUUGCACUUGCACCUUGCAAUGGCGUUGCGUUCUUUUACCACUUGCCAAUCCCAAGCCGACACAGCCUUGUCCAGUUGCAUUUCUAGCUUUAGUUAAUACCCUAACAUCAUAUUGUCUAUUACCACCAUUGGCCAGGGUACUCUGUAGAACAAAAGAGUCGCGCGCUUUAGCUCUGAAGCCCAUGGGCCGGAGAUAGACUCCGAAAAUGACUGACUGGUCCUUUGAAAAGUACAUUCAAAAACAAAAACGAGGGAGGAAAGGAUGAGAAAGCCUAGACUCCAGCCAGCCAAACACCCAUACAAUUGAGAUAAUCUGACGUGCACCUGCCUCAGCUUGACAUCCCAAGGCUCGGGCAGCCAUCUUCCGUCCAUCCCAAUGCAAGUGCUUCCGAUUCUGAACAGUCCACUUCACCAAGUAUGACAAACCAGACCAACCAAGGGACCAAACCAACGCCGCCACCCAAAAAAAAAGGUUACGCUUCGGCUCCGGAUGUAAAGGAAAAGCAACACAGAUCCGGGUAGUCCGCUACAACUGUGAUGGCAUCGCUCGCUGCGUCCCGUUCCGUCCGCUUUACCGCACUACAUAAAACGCCAGAUUAGUCUAAUCCGUCCACACGCAGGAAUCCUUGAAAGACUCGAGCGUUAUCUGGGGUGUGUUAUUGGUCGGGGAUCCUCAUGCAGAGAUUCCCAGGAGGCGGCUUCCAUGUUGCAUGCAGAGGAUCUACAGUAGGGUUACUAUGCGCGCAAGCACUUUGCUAGCUGGGUGCGGACCUGGCCCGUGGAUGGAAGUCGGCACGGGAACGGGAACAUGAAGGUGCGCAAGCAGGGAUAUCCUUUCCAUUGGGACGGUUUUGCACUUGCAGUAGCGUGAGUCGCAGUGUGGGCUGGACGCUGGACGCUGGACGCU